AUGAUGAAGAUGACGAUGGUGAUGAUGAUGGUGAACGGCCCGGGAGCUCGAGCUGGUGCCGGGGUCCCGCCGCCGUUACCGCUGCUGCUGCUGCUGGUGCCGCUGCUGUGCGCUCUCGUGCUUCUCCCGCCGUGCGCUCACUCGCACCCGCAGCCCUGCCAGGUGCUGAAGCGAAUCGGACACACUGUCCGGAUCGGGGCACUGCACGUUCAGCCUCGCGUGCUCUCCUCCGCCACCGGGAGCGGCGGCGUUGAGGAAUGGGACACCGGGGACGCGGCCGGGGGAGCCUCGAGGGAAACGGGCGAACGGCGGUCGCAGCUGGAAAGGAAGGUCAAACCAAGUGCCGGCGCGCCUGGAUACGGGAGUCUGAGGACUAGAGGCGCCGUUAACGGCCAACGGGGCACGAAUAGGAAUAAGAGCCUGGCACGGCAGCGCGAGGAGAACGCCUCACGGGAGAACCGCAUGUUUGCACCCCGGGACUCGGUCCUGGCCGCGGCCGAGGCUCUGAACCGGGCCGGUCUGCUGCCCUACAACCUGUCCCUGGAGCUGGUGAUGGCCGUGGGGUCCGGGCUGGGCGAGCUGCCCGCGUUCUCCUUCUCCAACGCGGGCAGCCCCGACAACGAGGACCCGCUGUCCUUCGUGGAGAGCGUGUGUCACACCGUGGUGGUGCAGGGGGUCUCCGCCAUGCUCGGCUUCCCGCGGAACCGGGAGGAGCUCGUGAAGUUGGAGUUCGUCUCGCUCGCGCUCCAGGUGCCCGUCGUCAGCGUGGUGCAGAGGGAGUUCACGCGCCACAGCGAGAAUCCCCUUCAUUUUCAGAUGGUGAUGCGGACCGCGGAGGCCCCCCCGUCCCGUCUCCUCUACUCGCUGCUGUCGAUGAACGGCUGGUGGGACGUCAGCGUGCUGCUCUGCCAGGAAUGGGACAUCAGCGACUUCCUCUUCCUCAUCAAGAACAACACCCGCUUCCACCUGGGGGCUCUGGUCAACCUGACCGCCGCCGCCACAUCUUCAUCGCCAGCGUCCUCCUCCGCGGCGGCAUCGGGGGCCGCAACGGGAUCAGAGGCACCAUCGUCAUCAUCAUCAUCUUUGCCCUAUUUCCCGUCUGGAGCUUCGUCCCCGGCUUCUCCCUCCUCUAAAUCAGACCAGCAGCAGGCUCUCAUGCGGCACCUGGAGGCCCUGAGGGAACCGACGACCACGACGGGCGUGGUAACGUUCGGGUGCGAGAUCCGCGAGGUGCGUCGCCUCUGGACGCUGGCCACGCGGAUGAUGCUCCCAGAGUUCCACUGGGUUCUCGGGGACAGCCAGAACGUGGCCGAGCUCAGAACAGAGGGGCUGCCCUUGGGGCUUCUGGCCCAUGGGGUGAUGGGCUCCCCCUCCCUGGAUCACUACGUGCACGACUCGCUGGAGCUGGUGGCGCGGGCGGUGGGCAUCGCCGCUCAACAGGAUCCAGCCCUGGCGCUCAUACCUGGGACUACCAACUGUAUGGAUGUACAGCAGGGCUCUGCCAACUCGGGAACCUACCUGGCAAGAUUUCUAUCCAACACGACAUUCGAGGGCCAGAGCGGCUUCGUGUCCAGCGACGGCCCGAGCCAGAACAUCGUCUCUGAGGCGCAUCACUACAUCUGGUCCCUCCAGCUGGACCCUCUGGGCCAGCCAACCUGGACCCGCCUGGGACGCUGGCGACGGGGGAAGGUUCUGAUGGACCAGGGCGUCUGGCCAAGCCAUCAUGGGUCUGGAGGCGGCGGCGACUGGCGGCGGCCCACCCGGCUGCACAUGCGGGUGGUGACGCUGGUGGAGCAUCCGUUCGUGUUCACCCGGGAGGUGGACGGGGACGGGCUGUGCCCCGCCGGCCAGCUGUGCCUCGACCCGCUCACCAACGAGUCCUCGGUGCUGGAGGCGCUCUUCCAGAACCUGGGCGGGCCGAACGGCACGGUCCCCACGGAGCUGAAGAAGUGUUGCUACGGUUACUGCAUCGACCUGCUGGAGAAGCUGGCGGAGGACAUGGGCUUCACCUUCGACCUGUACAUCGUCGGCGACGGGAAGUACGGCGGGUUCAAGAACGGGCGCUGGACGGGGCUGGUGGGCGACCUGCUCAGCGGCGCCGCCCACCUGGCCGUCACGUCCUUCAGCAUCAACUCAGCCAGGAGCCAAGUCAUCGACUUCACCUCGCCCUUCUUCUCCACCAGCCUGGGGAUUCUGGUUCGCACUCGGGACACGGCCGCGCCCAUCGGCGCCUUCAUGUGGCCCCUCCACUGGUCCAUGUGGCUCGGCAUCUUCGUCUCCCUCCACGUCACCGCGGUCUUCCUCACCCUGUACGAGUGGCACAGCCCGUUCGGUAUGACGCCACGCGGACGCAACCGUGACCGCGUGUUCUCCUUCUCCUCAGCGCUCAACGUGUGCUACGCCAUCCUGUUCGGACGCACGGUGGCCAUCAAGCCCCCCAAGUGCUGGACGGGUCGACUGUUGAUGAAUCUGUGGGCCAUCUUCUGCCUGUUCUGUCUGUCCACCUACACCGCCAACCUGGCCGCCGUCAUGGUCGGGGAGAAGACCUACGAGCAGCUGUCAGGGAUCCACGACCCGAAGCUGCACCACCCCUCCCAGGGUUUCCGCUUCGCCACGGUGAGGGAGAGCAGCGCCGAGGACUACGUCAAGAAGAGCUUCCCCGAGAUGCACGAAUACAUGAGGCGCUACAACGUCCCCGCAACUCCAGACGGCAUAGACCAUCUCAAGGCCGACCCCCAGAAACUGGACGCGUUCAUCAUGGACAAAGCCCUGCUGGACUACGAGGUGUCCAUCGACGCCGACUGCAAAACCCUAACGGUUGGAAAGCCAUUCGCCAUAGAAGGCUACGGUAUCGGCCUCCCUCAGAACUCGCCGCUCACCUCCAACAUCUCGGAGCUUGUUAGUCAGUACAAGUCGGACGGCUUCAUGGACAUGCUGCAUGACAAGUGGUACAAGGUUGUGCCCUGUGGGAAACGCAGCUUCGCCGUGACCGAGACUCUGCAGAUGGGUAUAAAGCAUUUCUCCGGUCUGUUUGUGAUGCUCUGUGUGGGCGUGGCCUUGUCUCUGCUGACCACAAUAGCCGAGCACAUUGUGUACAAGCUCGUCAUCCCCAGGGUCAAAGAGCCGCGCUUCAAAUACUGGCUGCACACCAGCCAGAGAUUACACCGAGCCCUCAACUCCGUCUUCACCGAUGACAAACUGCCGACCGUGACCAAGCCGGAGAAGAGGUGCAAUGAGGGGAACAACCAAUCGGCAGCCUGGAAUCCCUCGGAGUCCUCGCACUGCAACAGGCGUAGGAUCCUCCCACAGGAAGUGCAGCAGAAUGACCUGGAGCGCCCGCCUUCCCAGGACCUCCCGCCUCCACCGCCCCCGACCCCCCUGUCCCACCCCCAUUCCCUCCCCCAGCUGGAGAAGCGCCUGCCGCUGGUGACCACGUCCAACGGGCGCUCCGACCUGCUGGGGCUGGGCUUGGGCCAAGGACUGGCGCCGGGGCAGGGGGUGUCCGGGCAGAGCAUAGCACCGGCGCCGUGCCUGGGUCUGGGCGUGGGCACGGGCGACUGUGGCCCCGGCCUGGGCGUGGGCGUGGGCAGGAACCCUCUGGUCCAGGAGCUGUCAGAACUGGAGGGUCAAAUCCUCGUAAUCAAGCAGCAGCUGCAGUCGGCCAUGAGGCGGAAGCGCGAGCUAGAACAGUUACAAUCAGCAAACCAACCAGCCAACCAGACUAUGGCCACUGGUCAGCCUGCUGCACACCAGUCUAACCAGUUUGCUCAGUAUAACCAGUCCCACCAGCACACUAACCAACACACCAACACACUCCCCGAGUUCUGAAGCUCCUCCGCCCAGAGAAACUCGGUUAA